AUGGCGACCCAGGCGACGGAUCCGGCGCAUGGUCUUUCGCCACCGCACACCUUUGUAGCCAACCAAGGCUAUGUGGGAAUCCAACCAGACAACCCUCAGAUCCCGCAAGACAGUCAACCAGUCGAUCACUUAAAAUACGACCAGAACGAUGAACACGAUGAAGAGUAUGACGACCUAUUCGAGCCAUCCGAAGAAGAACUCUCCGAUUCCGAACUCCAAGCCGCCAACCCUGCAGACUACACCAAAGCCUACAACCGCCAACGCAAACUCAACGACACCUCCAUCCCCGACACCCAGAAGCCCAAAGCGAAUCCGCAGCUCAACACCAAAGCAGCCAUCGACGACCACGUCAAAAGCUUGACCAAGCACGCGGCCAAGCUGAGACUUAACGAUGUCGAAUCCGGCGUGACCAAGAUGCACGGCGGCGCGGAGAAGAGCGAUCGCGCCACGAGCGAGCAAGUGCUCGAUCCCCGGACACGCAUGAUCCUGUUGCAGCUGCUCAACCGUGACAUUGUCGCUGAGAUCAACGGCGUCCUCUCCACUGGUAAAGAGGCAAACGUCUACCACGCAGUCGCCAUGCCUCCUCAGACCGAAGAUGCAGAAGAGCCUACUCCUCGCACAGAGCACCGCGCAAUCAAAGUCUACAAAACCAGCAUUCUCGUCUUCAAAGACCGCGACAAGUACGUCUCGGGCGAAUUCCGCUUCCGACAAGGCUACAACAAAAGCUCCAACCGCGCCAUGGUGAAAGUGUGGGCGGAGAAGGAAUUCCGCAAUCUACGCCGUCUGCACGCCGCCGGCAUCCCCUGUCCGAACCCGGUCUACCUAAAAGCACACGUCCUCGUCAUGAGCUUUAUCGGCGACGGCAAGGGCUGGCCGGCCCCGCGAUUACGAGACGUACAGCUCGAAGACGCGAGCGAGUGGCGGGAGAUCUAUCUCGAUUUGCUGGGGCAUAUGCGGAAAAUGUACAGAGUGUGUCGGCUCGUGCACGCGGAUUUGUCAGAGUACAAUCUGCUCUACCAUGCGCGCAAGCUGUACGUGAUUGAUGUCAGCCAGAGCGUGGAGCACGACCAUCCGCGCUCGUUGGAAUUCUUGCGCAUGGACGUCAAGAAUGUGUCCGACUUCUUUGCGAGGAAAGGAGUGGACACUCUUUCGGAGCGAGCGGUGUUCGGGUUCGUAGUAGGAGGGAGCGAACCCACAGAAUCGGCGGGGAUGAGAGAGGUGUUGGAGAAGUUGUACGCAACGAGGGAACCGGAAGGCGAAGGCGAGGAGGCCGAGCAGGAAAAAGAAGUGGACGACGAGGUGUUUCGGCAGCAGUACAUCCCGCAGACGCUACAGCAGGUCUACGACAUUGAACGCGACGGGGACAAGGUUCAGCGAGGCGAGGGCGACAGUCUCGUGUAUCAAAGUCUGCUGGCGGAGAAAGUGGCCGGUGGCGAUGAUGCUCCAGGACGUGAUGCUGAUGGCGAAGACGAUGACAAGGGCAGUGAUGGCGAGGAGGACGAAAGCGGUUCCGAGUGGUCGGCGAGAGAAGACGGGCCGCCGCGUGGCAAGCGGUUCGAAGACAAAGAUGCGAAGCGCGAGCACAAGAAGGCUGUCAAGGAGGAGAAGCGGGAGAAGCGGAAGGAGAAGAUACCAAAGCACGUCAAGAAGAAGCUGGUUCAUCAGAGUAGUCGAGGGAAGAAGUAG